UACGGACCAGUCCUUGUGGAAAGGUAUAUGGUCUUUGAACAACUCCAAAUAAAGUCAAGAAUUUACUUUGGAGAGCUUGCCAAGAUGUUAUCCCCACCAAAACCAACUUGGUCCGUAGAACAAUCAUCACUGAUCCACUGUGCGAAAGAUGCUCACAAGCCCCAGAGGAUACUCUUCAUGGCCUUUUUGGACUUGCUCUCAUUUGGAUGCAGUGUGGAAUGCUCUGCCAAACUGGAAUUUCAGAAACGGCCACAUUUUCUCAAGCUUCAAAGAGGUAGUUCAGUUUAUCCUCGCUCUAACAACAAUUUAGAAAUCUUUGCAAUGCAGGUUUGGGCGAUAUGGAAUCACAGGAACCAAUCUUGGAAUUCAAGACCCUGCUGCCCCAUUAAUCAGCUCUCUCAACUGGCUAAAACAAGGUAUGAUGAGUUCGUCGAGCUUACACCUAGCAGGCCAAGUCCCCAACACUGCCCAAGGACCCUUUGGCAAGCUCCUCCUCCAAACUUGUUCAAGAUUAACUACAAUGGGGCUGUUUUCCAGGAAUUCCAUAAAUCUGGAAUUGGUGUAGUAAUCCAAGAUUCACAUGGCUUAGUCAUAGCUUUCAUGUCCCAAGUAAUCCCCCAGCUCUUUACUGCUAUUGAAGUUGAAGCUGCAGCUGCUGCGAGAGCAUUGGAAUUUGCUUUGGAGCUUGGAGUGACUCAAGCUGUUCUUUAAGGUGAUUCUUUGGUUGUGUU